AUGGAGAAAUCAUCGUUAACUGCUCGAAAUAAGAAGUCGACAAUUUCAUGUCUAAAAGAAAGGCUACAUUCUAUAGAAGAACAGUUUGGUUUUGAAAAUAUUCAUAGUGGACUAAAAUCUAUCGAAAAUUCAUCAGGAAAUGCUAACAUAAGUAUAACAGAUAGCAAUACUAGUGAUAAUAUUGAACAGCCAUUAUCAAAUAGCGCUGAGUCAUGGAAUGAGGAAUGCAACAAACAAUCGUUGCAAUCGUGAUAUUGAAUGUUCAGUCACCAACAGUAUGUGAAUAUUGUUUCUGU